GUGCCCCUGCAGCCGCCCCAAGUGGCGGCAAAGGCUACGCACCGUCCCCUGCGCAGGCACCUGCAGCGGUCGAGCGACCGCCGAAAGUCGAGGCCCCCUCCGUUCGCCCAGCGCCUAGCCAGGCCGGGCAGGCUUUGUUCGAGGCGAAGCGGAAGCCCGCACCAGCGCCAGCGCCGCCUGCAGACG